AUGGGUAAAAAGAAGCAGAAGUUUGGUAUAUACAGAACAUGCAGUCCAGAAAAGGAAAGAGUUGAGGAUACGUACAUCAGAUGGAGAACAGAAAAUGGCAGCAGUGGCAGUGGCACUCCAGAGCAUGACCCUGUUGAGGAGAGAAGUUAUACCCCACCGGUUCAUCCAGACCUGCGGAUAACAGAGAGGAAGUGUCGGGAGUCAUCAGAAGAUGGUGAUUCAUCAGGAUCUCUAUCUUUCACACCCCCAAGACAACCGACCUCUCCAUAUUCUAGAAACAAUGUCAGAGAGAGGAAUGCGCAUCAGAGUUACACAGAAGAUUCUAGAGUACCUUUGUUACCUCAUAGACUGGGAAAUUCAUCUUCCCCUGCCUCGCCCCAGGAUCCUUCGCCCAUUCCUCCUACCUCGUCAGUUUCGGUGUCGCAGAGACCACCUGGCAGCCCACCUAUGUCAAGUUCAAAUUGUAUUCCUCCAAGAUCACCAGGCACCCCUCCCCCUCACAGAUCCCCAGGAACUCCAUCCAGAUCGCCCAGAACAUAUCCAUCCAUACCAUAUUCUUCAUCUAUACAUGCUGAUCCUGCAUCUCCUGCAAGAAGAUGCUCUGACUCUUCACCACCUCCAGUUUCGAGGCCACAGGAGCUUCCCUUCAAGCCCAGCACCCCUUCACGUUCUGUAUCACCCGAGUCUCCUGCAUCACCAAGAUCCCCAGAGUCCCCCCAGUCUCCAAGAUCUCAAGGAACCCCCCCCCUCCCCCAAGAUCACCAGAAACCCCACCACCUCCCCCAAGAACACCUCCUCUUCCUCUCUCAGGUCCUGAGAGUCCACCACCACAAGUGUAUAACGAGACUCCAAUCAGAUUAG